GACAAGUUUUUCUGGCUGAACUGAACGUUCUCAGCUCGCAGCGAGAAUAAGUCAUUUAAAAUAAGUAAAUAAGUAUAAAAAUAUAUUUAUAGUUCAUUUAAGUCAUCAUGAGGCGAACGCGGAGUAGCCGGAACAAAUCCGAAGGAGCUGAGGACACAGGAGUGAAUACAGCCUGGCAGUGGGAGGGCGACGAUGGCCAGUGGGAGGCGUACGCCCCCGAAGUCUGCGCCCAGAUCAACGCGGCGGUCCAGGCCGGGCGGAAAACCCUGACGCUGAAGCUCGGACCGGGGUACGUGGUGGACCUGGCGAAGAUGACGCAGACGAACACGACGACAAAAUAUAGACGGAAUAUCCGCAGAUCAGACGCUGCAGAUGAAGGUGAGGGAGAGAGUAGCGUGAAGAUCAAAAAGGAGGAGGAGGAGGAGGCGGCGGAGGAAGAGGCAUCCAAUCCCAAAAAGAGGCGAGGCCAGGCAAGGGCGAAGAAGCAAGAGACCAACAAAGAGAUCAAACAGGAGGUGAAGGAGGAAGAGGAGGAGGAGGAGGACACGCCCGCCACCAAAAAAGGACGAAGCCAAGGGAAGGCGAAGAAAACGGAACCUGCUGAGAGCAAAGAGGUGGUGAAGACGCUGGUGAUGAGAGGUAAAGCUCCGGUUGAUUUGGAAUGCAAAGCCAAACUAGGAAAGGCUCACGUGUACAGCGAGGGGAACGACGUGUACGACGUCAUGCUCAACCAGACCAACCUGCAGUUCAACAAUAAUAAGUACUACCUGAUCCAGCUGCUGCAGGACGACCAGGCCAAGAGCUACAGCGUGUGGAUGAGGUGGGGCAGAGUGGGGAAGGUGGGGCAGAACAGCCUGGUGGCGUGUGGUUCAGAUCUCGCUCAAGCCAAAGACGUUUUCACAAAAAAGUUCUUGGACAAGACCAAGAACGACUGGAGCUGCCGAGCGUCCUUCCAGAAGGUCCCUGGAAAGUACGACAUGGUGUUCAUGGACUACAGUGCCAACGAUAAGGAGGAGGAGGAGGAGGUUGUGGGGUCAGAUCCCGCUCCGGUGGAGAAGAAACCGUCGAAGCUGGACGGGAAGCUGCAGGCCCUGAUGGAGCUGAUCUGUGACAUCAAAGCUAUGGAGGAGUGCGUGCUGGAGAUGAAGUUCGACACCAAAAAAGCUCCUCUGGGGAAGCUGACGGCGGAGCAGAUCCGAGUGGGUUACGCCUCUCUGAAGAGGAUCGAGGACUGUCUGAAGAGGAAGGGCAGCAAUAAGGAGCUCCUGGAGGCCUGCAACCAGUUCUACACUCGCAUCCCUCACGACUUCGGUUUGAGGACGCCCCCCGUCAUUCGCACCGAGGAGGAGCUGAAGGAGAAAAUAGCGCUGCUGGAGGCUCUGAGCGACAUCCAGAUAGCGGUGAAGAUGGUGCAGAGCAGCGCGGCGAGUGAUGAACACCCUGUAGAUAAACACUACCACGCCCUCAAGUGUCACCUCCACCCUCUGGACCCCGCCGGCCACGAGUUCCAGGUGAUCGAGAAAUACCUCCAGUCGACUCACGCCACCACGCAUAGCGAUUACACCAUGAAGGUUCUGGACGUCUUCUCAGUAGAACGUGAAGGAGAGAAGAGCCGCUUCCAGUCCAGCCUGCACAACAGGAUGUUACUCUGGCACGGAUCUCGUCUCUCCAACUGGGUGGGCAUUUUGAGUCAGGGACUACGAGUGGCUCCUCCUGAGGCUCCGGUCACUGGAUACAUGUUCGGGAAGGGCAUUUAUUUCGCCGACAUGUCGUCCAAGAGCGCCAACUACUGCUUCACCACCCCGAAAAACAACACCGGGCUGCUGUUACUCAGUGAGGUGGCUCUGGGUGAGUGUAACGAGCUUGUGGAUGCCAGUUAUGAUGCCGACAAACUUCCCUCUGGAAAACACAGCACCAAAGGACUGGGACAGACGGCCCCCGACCCCAAAAACUCCACCACGCUCGACGGUGCGACGGUGCCGAACGGUCCCGGACUGAAGACCGGCCUGGGGCGCGGCGGGGGGUACUCGCUCCUCUAUAACGAAUUCGUGGUGUACGACCCGGCUCAGAUCCGCAUGAAGUACCUGCUGAAGGUCCAGUUCAACCACGCGGCGCUGUGGUGAGCACCGGCGCCGUGUACCGACGUCAUACCCAACUCUCACCUGCUCCGGGACCGACUGUGUCCUCAUGCACGCAUGCAAACCUGUUGCGAAGUGGGCGUGGUCGGACUUCACCCCAAAACACUCCCCUAUUACGCUGUGACUUAGCAUUGUCGCCGUGUCUGCUGCUAUUCUGGCUCGUCUGAUCUCAGUCUGAUAUGCUGGCACAGGACUACAGACUUCUUAGCUGUAGGUGCUACCGACCGGGCCGGGCGCUCAACAGGCACAUCUGGGUGUAUAGCUUCAUCAUUGUAGCUCAUCGGUUAAAGGUACUGCACUAGUAAUCAGAAGGUUGCCGGUUCAAGCCCCCCCCCCCCCCCCACCAUCAAGCUGCCACUGUUGAGCCCCUGAGCAAGGCCCUCAACCCUCGAUCACUCAGACUGUGUCAUCACAAUUGGAUAAAAGCAUCAUCUAAAUGCUGCAAGUGUAAAUGCAACAGCGACCCCUGCUGUCCGGUUGAGGAAUCAGCACAGAGCACAGCGCGUCUCUCUCACAUUUCACGCUAAAAUCUGCCCGUCAUAGCCGGACCACGCCCACUUUUUAAAGCGGCUUGAAUUCAAAAUGAUUGUGCUUCCAACCGAGCGACGCUGAUUGGUCCAGACGUCGCUAUAAUCUACAUUAGAACAAUAAAAUAAAUAAAUAAAUAAAUAAUACAUCAUCGUCUGUCCGUGCGACUUGAUUGAUUGUUGCGAUGCUAACAGCACUGUACUGGAGAAGAAUCAGCGAUGGGUUUGUUGCUAGCAUGUGUGCACGGAAACACCGUUGUUCUGUUACAGGUGAAGUUUCUGUCGUGGCUCCAGAACAGAAUUGAAAUCCGGAUGUUUAUAAAGCCGAGUUUAGUUUUUAACGUAACGCCUUCGUUCGCCAACGAGUUUUUCUAGCUAACGUCGAUACCUCAUAGUUCAUGUGGGAUGAGAAACUUUGGAUGAAAAGAUAAAGAAAUAAAACCAAAUGUGAACAGA